AUGACAAUAGAUGACGACAAGUUGAUGGUUUCAUUGGAUGUCACAGCGCCAUUCACUAAUAUACCGAAAGAACUAGUCACCAAUGGAAUCAGAAAACGAUGGCAUGACAUAUCCCGUCACACAGCAUUCAGCUUGCCACAGUUCUUAUAUGCAAUUGACUUGGUUUUAAGUUCCACAUACUUUUGUUUCAAUGGACGGUUUUAUGAACAAAUUUUUGGCAGCCCGAUGGGAUCUCCUCUCUCACCGAUUCUUGCGGACAUUGUAAUGGACGACCUAGAGACUAACUGUUUGCAGCUAUUGAGAUUUGAAGUUCCUGUCUUUUUUAGAUACGUGGAUGACAUAUUUGCCAUAGUUCCGAAGAAUAGAGUUAGUGAUAUGUUAAAUGUAUUCAACAACUAUCAUCCACGGCUAAAGUUUACGCAUGAAACCGAAAUUAAUAACUCUAUUGCUUUUCUGAAUACGUUGGUCAUCAGAGACAACGAAUUAGAUAUACGUUACAUCUUUGAAUGCGAGUAUUCGACGAUUAGAUUGGCUACUCAUCUGAGUGAGGUAGAUCCCACGUUGGCUCUUUCUCCUGCUUCAGGGCCCAGCGCCUCGAUAACGAUGGUGAAAGAUCCGAUAUAA